UGAGAAAAAAACUGUCAAACAAAGAUUCACCAUCGGAAACGCAAGAGCAGGACAUCAGGUCUGAUUACCUUUUAAUGGUGUCGUAAAAUACAUAUUUUCUCACGGUUUGUAUCGAAUUAAGAAAACGGAUACAUUCAAUGAUGCGGGAGUGUAAACAUGAACUGUUUUAGAAAACCAUUAGAGGCAAUUGUGUGUUGGUUUGUCUUUUUCGAAUGCACCCCAUUUUGGAACUAGUGGAUUGUUCAUGUGGUAGGUAAAUGUUUGAUGGCCUCUCAAGAAAAACUUCGAGGCAGGGGAGUGAACUUAAAAAACGUAGUAAUCAGUUGUUAUUUGUGUAGUAACCAUUCGUUAUAUGUGUACAAACAAAAUGAAAAAACUGAAGAGCAUUCACGGAAAGUGAAUCUUAAAAGUGACUAUUGACUCAAGGCUGACGUAUUUGUAGUUACUGGUUGGUGAAUGAAAAAGAUGGAAGAAGUGCCGGAAUGAAGCGAUGAGUAUAGUGCCUAGUUCAAUUAGCCAAUAGUAAAAAAACAACGACGUAGUGGAUAGCCCCACUAAAUGUGUAUUAAAUGUUUGCUGCUAAACCGAGAUUAAGGAUCAUAGUCAGAGCAAGCUACAACUGAUAGAAAGAAUCACACAAUGGUGCACAGUAGUGCGUACUUCUCGCACUAUCUGCUGCGACCACCUCCAUCAUCGCCAAGAAUAUCUCAGCAGCUGUCUGCCAGUAGUUAUCGCCAUCGGAAAUCUUCUGCCAUUAGGAAGUGCAUCUUGCCAUCAUUACCGCGACUAACCGAGACGUCAAUUUUAUCCGAUAAACCCACUUUACUAGUAUCGUCAUCGCUACUGUCGUCGUUGUCGUCGUCGUCGUCGUCGUACGCAGCGGAAUCAUCGCAGGACAAUCAGCAUUCAGUAACGAACAGUAAGCUGUUUUGGUCCAUAGAUUCAUCGCUACGGGAUCGUUCUUAGAUCAAUUACUCGAUAUCAAAGCAUCAAACGACUGCAGUUGGUUAGGUUCCUGCGGUGCCACAUAGGUGGUAAGAACGGAUCAGAGAUUAGUAAUAAUAGACUUCUUAGGAGUUAAGAUAAACGAAAAAGCAAAACCUUCUUGGUUUCUCGGCGAAAGCGAUGUAUUCCGAUACCAUCGCGGAGCUGGACACGAUAGCCAAUGUGAUCGGUCUGCGAGGUGUUGGUACUAGUACAUUAAUCAAGUUUGUGGAUAUGUGGUACCAUGUGUUCCUGUGGGCUCUGUUUUCGUCGAUUAUCAUUCACACCGGGGCAGCGGUGAUUGCGUUUGUAACUCUGCGUAAGCACAAGUUUGGCCGUUUCUUCUCUAUAUUUAUUCUGGUGAUGGGUGUGGUGUCUCCUGUUACCGGGGGCACCGUUAGCAGUGCUACCAUUGCCUUUGUACAUAGAGCCUCGAAUCUGCCAAUGUCACCCAUCCUGGCAAUGGUGUAUGGCGUAGGUCAGACUAUCCUGUCGGCGUGUCUCGGAUUCACGCGAGUACUAGCGACAUUGUAAAUGCGUAUAUCUGUUCUUCGGUGGUAAGUGUUUUUUGUGACACUAGAACUAGACAGACCGCUACAAAACUCAUGCAACCUACACACAUCUAAAUUAUUGUACUAGUAGAAAUUCUAAAUAGAACAGAAACAUAGGCAAAAUAUUAGUCAUUUUACGAUAGACCAGGUUUUUAUCAAAAUGCGGAAAAGAAGAAGAAAAAGAUGAACAUGUAUAAAAAAAUGUGUUCCAGAAGAAUCUACGUAAUGGCCAUUGGGGACAAGAAAUGGUUAUUAACAAUGAAAUGUAUCAAUAAACUGCUAUCGAAAAAGCUGAUAUAAACAUAAUGUGAAAGGAAAUGACAAGGGAAGUUAUUACAAAGCGAAUGAAAACAACAAAACGGAACAGUGAUAUAUACCUAAUACAAAAAUAAUUGAACCUAAUUAGUAGCAAAAAAAAAAAUUAAAUGGUAUAAUAUAAAGUUAGUUAAUGGAAUCAAACGCCACUAUAACGAAACCUAUAUGUGCUAUCAUUAUCACUAUCAACCAACUAAGAAACGAUAAACAGUGCUUUUGCUAUCAUUCGGUCCAAGCGUCCCUUUUUUGCAUCAACGUGUAUCCUUUCGCCUUCGUACGAAGAAUACAUCAUUCAGCAUAUCGUUAAUACCAGUAGACGGAAGCAAUUAUUUAUUUGACAAUUGCUGCGGUUUUCAGUGAAAUGUUUCCAUCUCUUUCUGCCACCCCAACAUCAAUCCAUUCUAAAGAAGAAAAAAAACUAAGCUUUGCAGUGUUUCCGAGUGUUAUUCGUUUCUGUUUUCAUCUUAUGAGUCUUGCUAGUAAAAGUUGUGUAUUUUUCUCUCAAUAGUUAUAGUAGCAAUGUAUGUAUAUUUUGUUUAGAUCUUACACUUCCUUGAAAACAGGCGUGCAUCUCCUUAGUUAUUAGGCGAAAAGGUGGGAAUCAAUAAUACGGUUUAAUAAUGAAAGGGAUUGUAAUGAAAGGAAAAUAUACUAGGACUGCAAGCAAAGAGAUGGUGAAUAUUGUGUUUAAGCCGAAGUCAAAUUCUCUCUAAAUUAAAGAAAAAAAUAAUCAAGAUAUACUAAGUAUAAGCAAACAACAACAACAAAACAAAUCAACUCCCUCUUCUUGCUUAAGAUGGAGCAGGUUUUAAUCGUAUUGAAUAAAUGAGUAAUACAAAUAAAUCGAUAAUGAAUUAAA